CUGCUGCUGCCGCUGGGGAGUUGCGGGAGGAUGCACGGUCACGGUCCGCACAGGGCCAGGACCCUGGGGCCCUGCAGAGGAGGGCCUGCCCUCGAGGAGUCUGCGGUGCUGUGGCCACCGGACAGCGAGCCCGGGAUUGUGUCGCCGUUUAAACGCGUAUUCCUAAAAGGUGAAAAGAGUAGAGAUAAGAAAGCCCACGAGAAGGUGACAGAGAGGCGCCCGCUGCACACGGUGGUGCUGUCCCUGCCCGAGCGCGUGGAGCCCGACCGACUGCUGAGCGACUACAUCGAGAAGGAGGUGAAGUACUUAGGUCAGCUGACGUCCAUCCCAGGGUACCUGAACCCCUCCAGUAGGACGGAAAUCCUGCACUUCAUAGACAAAGCCAAGCAUGCCCACCAGCUCCCAGGACACUUGACGCAGGAGCAUGACGCCGUGCUGAGCCUGUCCGCCUACAACGUCAAGCUAGCCUGGCGGGACGGGGAAGAUGUCAUCCUCAGGGUGCCCAUCCACGACAUCGCCGCUGUCUCCUAUGUGCGGGAUGAUGCCGCGCACCUAGUGGUGCUGAAGACAGCCCAGGACCCGGGCAUCUCCCCUAGCCAGAGCCUGUGCGCGGAGAGCUCCAGAGGCCUUGGCGCAGGGCCCUUACCAGAGAGCGCGGUGGGGCCGGUGGAGGCCUGCUGCCUGGUCAUCCUGGCCACGGAGAGCAAGGUGGCCGCAGAAGAGCUGUGCUCCCUGCUCGGCCAGGUCUUCCAGAUUGUUUACACGGAGUCCACCAUCGACUUUCUGGACCGAGCCAUCUUCGAUGGGGCCUCCACACCGACCCACCACCUGUCCCUGCAUAGCGAUGACUCUUCCACAAAAGUGGACCUGAAGGAGGCCUACGACGCGGAGGCCAGCACCUUCGGCUUCCCCGACUGCGCAGACGCGGGUGGGCUGCCGCCGCUGUCCUGCAUGCAGGCGUCGCCGCACGGCAAGGCAGCCAGCGAGAGUGAGCUGAGCACCAGUGCAGCCGAGCUGCUGCAGGACUACAUGCUCACGCUGCGCACCAAGCUGUCCUCACAGGAGAUCCAGCAGUUCGCGGCACUGCUGCACGAAUACCGUACCGGGGCCUCCAUCCACGAGUUCUGCAUCAGCCUGCGGCAGCUCUAUGGGGACAGCCGCAAGUUCCUCCUGCUUGGUCUGCGGCCCUUCAUCCCCGAGAAGGACAGCCAGCACUUUGAGAACUUCCUGGAGACCAUCGGCGUGAAGGAUGGCCGCGGCAUCAUCACCGACAGCUUCGGCAGGCACCGGCGGGCGCAGAGCACCACCUCCACUUCCACGGCCAACGGGAGCAGGGCCACGGGCAGCCCCGAUGACCGCUCCGGGCCCUCCGAGGGGGAUGAGUGGGACCGCAUGAUAUCGGACAUCAGCAGUGACAUCGAGGCACUGGGCUGCAGCAUGGACCAGGACUCAGCAUGACAAGCGUUGCGGGAGCACCACACCCUCGCAAGGCCUUGCAGGCCACCCCGGAGGAGGCGCUGGCCCUGCUGUGGGCCUCUGGCACCAGCACAGGCUGCUGGCGGCAGUGGGUCCUCUACUGUGAAGGGGCAUGGAGCCGCCACAGGACGCAUCCUGGUGCAGGGCAGAGGCUCCAUGCUCAUCCCAGGCCUAAUGGGGCCUGCGCUGGCCCUGUGUGGGGAGGCCAGGCCCAGCCACGCUGGCAGGAAAGCCAGGCUUGUGGCUGGGCCGAGAGAGUUGUCAGUUUUGCACAUGACGUUCCUCAUGUCACUCUCAGAGACCUUAAAGAAGUUUACUGCAAUGUGAAUAAUUUAAUCUCCCAUUGCCGGGCUUUUUUCUGAUCCAUCUGGAUGAAAGCCCUGUUGUUAGGAGGGUUGUCACUCUGGCCUCUGGUCUUGGGGCCGCGAAUCUUACUACCGUCCUGGGAUAGGGACACAGGGCAAGUGCUCUAGGCCUUAGGGUCAUAGGCGGGGGCAGGAGGUGACUGGGAUACCUUUGUGUUCUGUCCUGGUACCGAUUCCCACAGGGACCCUGGCUUGCUGUGGUCUUCGCCUGGGUCCUCUGAUGACAGAAGCCUCCUGCAAGGCUUUGUGGUCUUGGCUCAGGACUGGGGGCUUCAGAGAAGCUGGCAUGGGCCCUGCCUUGCCCCAGGCCCAGUCUGUCCCCAUCUCUAGUCAGCCCUGAGGUGUCCUUAUGGCCUCUGUCCCCUGGGCCCUUGCCAACCUUCGCAGGACAUGGAGAGGGGACCUGGGUCGGGGUGCACCGGGCCCCUUCCUGCACACGUGGCUCUGUUGUGACCCCUGGGUGCACUGAGCAGGCUCCUGGCCAACCUAACCCUCUCACCUGUGCUGGGCAGCCAUGCCCCCUGGGGAGAGGAAUACCACCAU